GUCUCUUUUUUUUUUUUUUUUUUUCUAAUUUUUUUUUCCUUUUUAUUAACGAUCUGUAAAUUCUCCUCAGUUUCCGUGAAACCCUUGGAAAAACCCAUUGCUCUUUUCGAGAGAGAGAAGGAGGAGAGGAGAGUGUUUGUAAGAAGAAGAAAUGGGUGUGGAUUUGAGGCAAGUGGUGGCUGGGAUUCUCACCAUUACCAUGUUUGUGAUGCUUGGACAAAUGCUUCAUAGAGAUUACUUCGAUGCUCUUCAGGAGAAAGUUCAAGGAGAUGCACAUGAUAUUGAAUUCAAGGGAUCAAAAGUAGCUGUUGAAGAUGGACUCGUUAGAGCUAUUCAAGGUGUGACUAAUGGACCUUGGAUGGAGGAUAGCCAUGAACUUAAACCUUGUUGGUCCAUUUCCCAAUCUGAUGAAGCAGUAUCAUCCAAGGGUUAUGUUACAUUCUCCUUAACCAAUGGUCCUGAGUACCAUGUCUCUCAGAUUACCGAUGCCGUGAUGGUGGCAAAGCAUCUUGGAGCAACUCUAGUGCUUCCCGAUAUAAGAGGAAGCAAACCUGGAGAUGAAAUGAACUUUGAUGAUAUCUAUGAUGUGGACAAACUUAUUAAAAGCUUGGAAAGCGUCGUCAAAGUUGUAAGAAAACUGCCGAGCCAUGUAUCUCUAAGAGAUAUAGCCAUUGUCAAGGUUCCUACCCGAGUUGCAGAAGAUUACAUCAAGGAGCAUAUUGACCCCAUCUUCAAAUCAAAAGGGAACAUAAGAGUUACAACCUAUUUCCCUACGGUGAACUUGAGGAAGUCUUCGCAGGGUGCUGAAACUGACCCUGUCUCUUGUUUGGCAAUGUUUGGUUCCUUGGAGUUGCAACCUGCAGUGAAUGAUUUGGUUGAAUCUAUGAUUCAGCGGCUGAAGACACACAGCAAGAAAUCCGGUGGCCGUUUCCUAGCCAUAGACUUGAGGGUUGAGAUACUUGAAAAGAAAAAUUGUCAUGAAGCAGGUGCUGUGGGAUCCAAAACCUGUUACAACGCACAGGAGAUUGCAUUGUUCUUGAGGAAGCUUGGAUUUGACAGUGAUACAACUAUAUAUCUGACUCAGCCAAGAUGGGAGAGCAGCCUCAAUAUUCUUAAGGACAUUUUCCCGAAAACAUAUACUAAGGUGCGUAAAUCUUUCAUUGUUUAGUCUCUGAAGUUGUCACCCAUAUGCUAAUCUUGAUCUUU